AUGGCUCACCUCAGGGGAUUUGCCAACCAGCACUCGCGUGUGGACCCCGAGGAGCUCUUUACCAAGCUGGACCGCAUUGGCAAGGGCUCCUUCGGGGAGGUGUUCAAGGGCAUCGACAACCGCACCAAGGAGGUGGUGGCCAUCAAGAUCAUCGACCUGGAGGAGGCCGAGGACGAGAUCGAGGACAUCCAGCAGGAGAUCACCGUGCUCAGCCAGUGCGACAGCCCCUACAUCACCCGAUACUUCGGCUCCUACCUGAAGAGCACAAAGCUGUGGAUUAUCAUGGAGUACUUGGGCGGCGGCUCCGCGCUGGACCUGUUGAAACCGGGCCCCCUCGAGGAGACCUACAUCGCCACGAUCCUGCGGGAGAUUCUGAAGGGCCUGGACUACCUGCACUCGGAGCGCAAGAUCCACAGAGACAUCAAAGCUGCCAACGUGCUGCUCUCAGAGCAAGGUGAUGUGAAGCUGGCAGACUUCGGGGUGGCGGGGCAGCUCACGGACACGCAGAUCAAGAGGAACACAUUCGUGGGCACCCCCUUCUGGAUGGCACCCGAAGUAAUCAAGCAGUCAGCCUAUGACUUCAAGGCCGACAUUUGGUCGCUGGGGAUCACAGCCAUCGAGCUGGCCAAGGGUGAGCCUCCGAACUCUGACCUCCACCCCAUGCGUGUCCUGUUCCUGAUCCCCAAGAACAGCCCGCCCACGCUGGAGGGCCACCACAGCAAGCCUUUCAAGGAGUUUGUGGAGGCCUGCCUUAACAAGGAUCCCCGCUUCCGGCCCACCGCCAAAGAGCUCCUGAAGCACAAGUUCAUCACGCGAUAUACCAGGAAGACCUCCUUCCUGACCGAGCUCAUUGACCGCUACAAGCGCUGGAAGUCCGAGGGGCACGGCGAGGAGUCCAGCUCCGAGGACUCGGACAUAGAUGGAGAUGCUGAGGACGGAGAACAGGGCCCCAUCUGGACGUUCCCUCCAACCAUCCGGCCGAGCCCGCACAGCAAGCUGCACAAGGGGACGGCCCUGCACGGCCCCCAGAAGUCUGUGGAGCCCGUCAAGAGGCAGCCGCGAUCCCAGUGCCUGUCCACGCUGGUCCGGCCUGUCUUUGGAGAGCUGAAAGAGAAGCACAGGCAGAGCGGCGGGGGUGUGGGGGCGCUGGAGGAGCUGGAGAACGCCUUCAGCCUGGCCGAGGAGUCCUGCCCCGGCAUCUCUGACAAGCUGAUGGCUCACCUGGUGGAGCGGGUGCAGAGGUUUUCACACAACAGAAACCACCUGCCGUCCACCCGCUGA